GGCCGGACGGGAGACUGGCUACGAAUUGGGGUGCGCGGAGCCCCCUGGGGGGUCUACUCGCGCGCAUCGGAAACCCCUCAGGGACACCCCUCAGCAUAUGCAUUGGCGCUUCGACCGCCGUAUAAGCCCCAUAUAAAAUUGAUUCCUAAGUACCCCGCAUUCGUGUCGGCCUCCUCCCGUCUCGCCUCGCCCUCGCCUCGUCUCUUAACACUUACGUGUUAAUCCUUGCUUUUUGCGAUUCUUGCAAAUAAUCGGUCAGGAUCACGUCAGGAUACGUAACCGCCAUGUUCGUCGCGAUCGCGUCGCGAUCGCGCGCGCUACCGUUGCUCAAUUCAGUUCAAACGAACAUCUCUUCACAUUAGCGACAUCUGAUGUUUAUCAAACGAGACGUCUGAUUUCACGAGGGAAAAGGACAGUGCGAGAUUAUCGUUAGGCCGAGAAACGGGACGGCGGAUGCAACUAACGGAUGAAUUUUCGCGAAGAUUACAAACCGUCGUCGGACUCGCUUCACUUAUUGUGAAUGUGCCUGAUUAAAGAUCCUUCUCUUGUAAGAUAAUAGUACCAAGAUAAUGCCUGGACAUUAAUAACACCGGUAUCUAACUCUGAACAUUCUUAUUGCUUUGAUAAUUAAAUGGUUCAAAUGCGAAACUUUCAAUAUAGAAUAUAUGUACAUACAUAUUUUUUGAAUAUAUACAGGAGAGAUAAGAACAUCCAGAGUUAGGUAUCAGUGUUGUUAGCAUCAUUGGUUAAUGCAUUGGUACUCUUACCUCGUCUACUGUUUAACGGAUGGCGUAUGAAGAAAACGUAGGCGGUAAAACUUUAACAGCAGCCUAGACCAUCGCACACGGGAGCGUAUCGAGAACGCAAGAUCGGAUGUCGGGAUUCCGGACUGUGACUCGUCUAUUAUUACUUCAAUCUUAUCGCUUACGGCUUUCUCUCCGAAUCCUACCGUUACCGCGCCAUAUCACGCCUUGAAAUCGCGCCGCUGCACCGAGCACUUGCGAAUUUUCGACCGUAGGUCUUGUAACAAAUCGGAGCGGGCCCACGAUCGCGCGCAGCACGCCCCCUGGGGUCCAAUCUAAAUCAAUGGGCUUGUGGGUAAUCGCAUAAUAAUUACGUAGGACCCCCUCUACCGCCCAUCUGUCGCGACCGGCGGAGUGUUCAACCCUCGGAAGGCACCACCACCACGGCGAUACACCCGAUGAGCGUGUCCCAGCAGGUCCCAUUGUCGAUGGGCAUCGCUCGGAAUGUCGUGGAGUCCCCCAAAUAGUCACCACUCUUUCCGGACUGCAUUUGAUCACGGAGAGCAUCACGAAAUAAAUGCAAUUCGUCAACUGUGAUAUCGCACUUCAAUCGCUAACUGGCUAAUUAAGCCGGUCAUUCUCUUACGUCUUGAAACCGAUGAGAUGCCGUACAAUUACUAGACGUUGAAAAUUCUAUAAUAAUGGGGGAAAUAUCCUUAAUUGGUUUAUGGAUUAGCCUGUUGGUGGUAUACGCAAAUGGUAUUCGUGGGCCGCAUCAUCCUAAAAGCACUGUGUCCCAUCAUCAUUAUACACCGCAAAAUGAUGUGAAAUUAACGCAAGACUCUGAGCUCCUUCACGAUACCACACACUUAAAGGAAGACAUGGGUCCUUUAGGCGAUCAACUCGACUUUUCAAAGAUGACCGAGCAAGAGAUAGAGUUUCACUACUUUAAAGUUCACGAUGUUGACAAUAAUACAAAAUUAGACGGCUUAGAGAUUCUUCACGCUAUACAACAUACUUUCCAUGAAAAUAGACUCGCCGAGGAUGACAAUUAUAAGGAAGACAUGCAGGACUUGCCUUGGAUCGUAGAGCUGAUAGACAGAGUAUUGGAAGAAGAUGACGUGAAUAAUGAUGGGUAUUUGGAGUACGUCGAGUAUGUAAUGGGCAGGCAAAGAGAUCAUAUCGCGCAGGAGAAACGCAGCAAGCUCAGAAUCGGAACGUAAAAAUUUCUAUUCAGCUGGAAUACAAAUAAAACUCACGUCAUACAUAUACAUAUGUACGUGCACGCGUACACGUACAUCAUUCAGCUGGUGUACAAGUAAACUUACAUUACGUAUGUACAUUAUAUACGCACGUACGUAUACGCAUACAUACACACACAUACAAGGAACUUUAAACUUAUGUCAAAUCGGAAAGAUCUUGCUUAAUGAUUCAGAUAUACUUUAUCUUAUACGAAUCUUAUCUUAUACAUUUAUUACAGCGUAUACUAAAAUAUGUAUUGUUUGUCGAACGUGCAAAAAAAGCUACGGACACGCGAUGUAUUUUAGUCAAUAGAUGAAUUAAAAAAAUAGGGUUUUGGUCUGUA